AUGCCGGGUUUCGUACUUUUUUACGGCAUUCGAGCUGUCUUAACAUCUGAUCAGUGUUUUGAAUCAUCACUAUUAUCUGAACCAUCAUCACCCUUUUCUCAACAAACUGGUACAACGUUACCAUCUAAAACAUCUGGACGAGGAAGACGAAAAAAAUUAGUAGAACCGGAAAAUUCUUUAGUCAAUGGUGACGUUAUGGCAGUUAAAUCUGACGAUAGUAAUUCAACUCAACAAUCGCAACAACAAAGGAUUGAUCCAUAUUAUCUUGAAGAACUUUUUACAGCUGUUUAUAAUGCAAGAGUAGAUGAACGACUAAUGUCUCAUAUAUUUUUAUUUGUACCAUCAAGAAAGUUAUAUCCUGAUUAUUACGAAGUAAUAAAAGAACCAAUUGAUUUAAAAAGGAUAGCAAAAAAAAUCCAGUCUAAUGAAUACAUUCCACUGGAAGAUAUGAUAAACGAUCUUUUAAUGAUGGUGUCUAACGCAAAAAAAAUAAUGAUCCAAAAUCUCAGAUAUACAAAGUAG